GGUCCCUAUAGCCCCUUUUAAGACCCAUCAACAUUUGAGCAAAACCUUGGGUCAGCAGCGUAAACAGUAUGUACGCCUUUAAGAGGUGGGUCUGAACCAGGUGGGUGGGAUAAGAAAAACCGGCCCCUUCCGCUUACGUAACCCUGGCAAGAUGGCGGCGCCCAGGGCGUCCCUGCACUUGGUGGCCUCAGUGUGGAGUAGGAGUGGCAGAGGCAUCCAUGGCUUAAGUGGAACAGCGGUCCCAGAGGGCACUCAGAGGAAAAAGAGGACUCUACUCCAGUUCCUGACUAACUACUUCUAUGACGUGGAGGCUCUGAGGUCUUACUUGCUCCGAAGGGAGAUGUUGAAGGUGCAGCAAAAAAAUCGAUCCUUCACCGACAUCAAGCAGCAGUACGGCCCAGACAUCGCAGGUGCCUUUUUCGUCCUGAAGCAGGGAGGCGCAGUCAAGUUUCAGGACAAGGAGUGGAUCAGGCCAAAUAGGAAGGGCCAUUUCUCUCGUGAGUUCUUCAAGUUCCAGGAGGUGCCCGUAGAGGCCAUAGAUGCUAGCGGCUGUGCCAUCAACUACCAGGGCCUGGACAACCUCUUGCCCUUAGGGCAGCUCCAGACCCUGUGGCUGCGGUGUUGCCCCCAUGUGGACGACUUCUACCGGCUGGCCGGCUCGCUGCAGGAGCUCUCCCUGGCUGGUUGCCCCCGCGUCUCGGAAAGGGGCCUCGCCUGCCUCCACCACCUCCAGAACCUCCGCAGGCUGGACAUCUCAGACCUUCCUGCCGUGUCCAACCCAGGCCUCACUCUGAUCCUGGUGGAAGAGAUGCUGCCCAACUGCAAGGUUCUGGGGGCUGACUGGGUUCAGGGCCUGAAGUUGGGCCCAGAGGAGCAGCCUCAGGACACAGCCAGCCCCACCCCUGCCUAGCCUUCAGCCCUGCACGCUCAGCUAGGAUCCUGGUGGGGUUGUGGCCAGCUCUCCACAUCCCUCCCUUCCAGUUGGCUCACCAUCUGGAGGUGGGAACAUGGGGUGGGCUGGCAGCACCAGCAGAUCAGAGACAGGAGUGCAACGUGGGGUGUUCGUCCCUGGCGUCCUGGGUUGAAAGUCAUAGCUCCUGUCAUCCUGCCUCUCCUUCCCCUGCCUGGGGAGGGAGGGCUUGGUCCGUAAGUAGCCCCGGGGAGCUGCCCUCACCCUGGUGGCUCAGACCCCUUUCCAGCUGUCCUCCCAGUGUGCUACGGUUUCUUGUAAGAACUGGAUGGAGACGGGGUGCUGCUGGCACUUGAGAACUGUUCCCUGUGCAGGACUGCUCUGCUCACUGGGGCGUGUCCUUGGCCCACAUUCACAGGCCAGUAGCACCCGAGUCCCAUGGUGUCACUGGUUACCAGUUUAUCGACAUCCGGCUUCAGACUGAACUUUUUUGUCUGUUCACUGAAAAUGCAUCUGGGCCUUUGAAACAGUUUGCCUUUGCCAGUGGCUCGAUGGGCCUUGUCUGUCACGGGGGCUCCCUGGCUCGGAUCUGGCGUGCCUUGCUAUGCUAGCAAGUGGCUUCCUAGGGCCCACAGCUCCUGAAGUGACAAAUGGCCAGCAGCUUCCCACGGCACCCUGACUCCUGGCCAUUUCAGGGGGCACAAGGCCUCCACUGAGGCACUCCAGAUGGAUUUCUAGUCAGUUCCAAGGGAUUUUACCAAUAAAUCCCUGUUAUGCUGA